AUGGCCGUGCAGCUCACGCCGCCCUUACCUCGUUUAGUUCUAGUCACUCAGCCAAAUGUCCAAAGACAAGCAUCAGACGGGAAUAAACCAUACAGAAAUCCCAGCACCAUUUUAGCCAUGACAACGCCCCGUAGCAUGAUCUUGAGCCUUUCCUUCAUAGUAGCCUCUGCAGGCCUUGCCAUCCAAGGCAGAACCUGCAGUUGCCUGCAAUUUAACUACCCCAGCUUCGACAUGACCAACAAGAAUGAUUUCAGCUUCAGCCCAGGUUCAGCAAUUGCAAAUGGUUCCCUGAGAAUCGUGCCGAACACCGGAAACUCGAGCCACCAGUCGGGAAGGGUGGUAUACGUAAAGGAAACCCUCAAGCUGUGGAACAGGAAGCGAACUGUGCUCACAUCUUUCGGGACGCAGUUCACGCUCAACAUCCUCCCGGGAGAAGGUAUGGCUUUCAUACUCACAAAUAGCCUGUCGUUGCCCAGGAACAGCGGCGGCCAGUGGCUCGGCGUAUGCAACAACCAGACAGAUGGCGCGCCAACGAACCGAAUAGUAGCCGUGGAAUUCGACACGAGAAAGAGCUACCAGGACGACCUCGACGGCAACCAUGUCGGGCUCGACUUGAAAAGCAUCAAAUCUGUUUAUCCGUACCCGCUCAGCAAUCUUUCAAUCAUCCUGUCAAGCGGCUCGGAUGUCUUGGUUAGUAUCAUCUACAACAGCACAUCACAUGCUUUUGUAUUAUCUGUAAGCCAGCGCAACACAAGUGGCAGUGGGGGGCAUAAUUGGCGAGAGAGCUGGCCGGUUGAUCUAUCACGGUACCUACUGGACGAAAUAUAUCUGGGAUUCGCAGGUUCCACGGGUGAUUACACCCAACUGAACCAGAUAAAAUCGUGGAACUUCACCACGAUAGACGACAUACUCGUCGCUGAAAGAACAAGACAUGGGAAGUGGGUGUUUUUGGUUCUCAUUGCCUUGGUUUUCCUUGUUACAUGUUCAUCGUUUCUUGUGUUGUUGGUGCGGAGAAGGGUGACACAGCGGAGAAGGCUAGCCUACCGCACGCUCGAGAAAAUGAUCGACGCACAUGGCCCGGUUAGAUUUAAGCUCAAGGAGUUGAAGCACGCGACCGCCAACUUCAGCCCUCACCGUAAGCUCGGUAGAGGUGGCGGCGGCACUGUUUACCUUGGAUACCUGAAUGGGAUCAACAGAGAGGUGGCUGUGAAGCGGGUCUCACUCUCAAGCCGAGGAGAGAAGGAGUUCGUGGCGGAGGUGAACACGAUCAGCAAGCUCUCCCACCGCAACCUUGUCAAGCUGAUUGGCUGGUGCCAUGAGGGAGGCGAACUACUCCUCGCCUACGACUACUUCCCCAUGGGCAGCCUGGACAAGCUAUUGUUCGCCAAUGCCACAACGACCACGUACUCGUCAUCGGCGCUCACAUGGGAGCGGCGAUACAGGAUAAUCUGUGGCGUGGCAUCUGCACUCGACUACCUUCUGUUGAGUAAAUAG